AUGCUCUCUACAGAUGCGAUGGAUCCAUUUGAGUACCUCUUCAUUGCGACUAGUGAAAUAUCACCGCUGCUGCCGUCCACUUUAGAAGCGACUGUUCGCCGCUCCCACAACCGCGCAGAAGACACCGCGACGGAUCACACGGCCAUUGAAGAGACGUGGAAUAAACUCACAAAAAGAAAUGAUGGAGAGCCGCAGAGGGAGAAUGUGUAUAAUGGAUUAAAGUUUCGUUUACAUGGCGUAGUGCAAGAGGGUAAUAAGUGUAGUCUACAACUUGGUUUAACAGACUAUAAGAGUAGUUUGGGAACGACAAGGAAUAUUGGUAUGUAUGCUGAGCUUGCGAAAAGAAAAGGUGUUCUGUUAGAGAAUUAUCUCGCGAAUGCUUUGGGUGUGGAAUGUUUUACUCUUACUUCUGAUGGAAUGGGGGUUUUAUUUUGUCGAUCAGAGUCUGUUAGUGAGUAUCCUGGUUUCUUCUGUUUCCCUGGUGGACAUGCAGAGCCUAAUAAAAUUUUUAAUUGGCAACACUUUAAAGAAACCCACUCCAGAGAUACUUCUACUAUUAUUACUACUACGAAUAAUAAUAAUAGUAAUAAUAAUAAUAAUAAUAAUAAUAAAUCUUCUUCUUCUUUAUUGAAUGAGGCUGCAGGAUGGUUUGAAUAUGUAACGACAUCUACACUUGUGGAUCUUCUCUUUGACGCAGCUACAAUGGAAGUAGCGGAUGAACUUGGGGUGGAACCCACUUCCUGUAGUAAUAAAGGACUUUUAAGUGUUGUUAGAAAUGUAAAGAGUAGAAAACCGGAUGUUUGUUUUUUUAUUCAAUUAAGUCUUAACGCAUCUGAAGUAAAGAAAUGUUUUAAUAGUCGAAGAGGGGCGGAUGCUUUUGAAUCAAUUCCUAAUUCAUUGCGAUUGAUUGAUCUUAACAUGAUCAAAACAGAAGAGGCGGCACGGUGUUUUGUGGAGGAAAAACUCCAGGGAAAAUUAACUCCAGCAUCUUUUGCGUGUUUGUUGCAUGGGAUAAAAUAUAUUUAG